AUGGCGAGUAACAGCACAGUCUCAACGUCAACAACAGUACAGUAUAGCGGGCCGUCGUACUAUGGCGACGGUCCUACGCUGCCGCACUUGGUUGGAUUCACCCUGGCCAUCGUGUCCCUGGCCAUAGCACUGGAUCGAGGCGCCUUCAACGUGAGGCUGCUCUGCGGCAAGGAUAUGAUGUGGAAGGAGCAGGGCCACCGGCAGGGCGAGUGGCACCAGUAG